UUUUUCGCAGCAUUACGUUUUUCAACGCGGCCGCGUAAAUAACAGGGAAAGCAGCGCGCGCGGAACGAUCAGCGGUGGAAUUCCAAUUGGAUGGGAAACGACGCAAGGCGGAGAAAAACGAGAAACCGACAAACCGAAAACAGAGAACAGAGUCGAAAGACGCAAAACCGUGAAUUAAAUUAAAAUAAAGCCGAGCAGGGAAACAGAAAUUCACACAAGAAUGCCGAGGUGAAAUGGCGUGAAAUAAUUCAAUUAAUUCAUUUUUGCGGGGACAACAAACAACGUGAAUGCGAAGGGUUCUACCAAUAAAUAACGGUUGUAUUUUGUUGUUACGUGAACGUUGCGUUUUUGAAUUUAUGAAUCACAAUUCCUUUUUGCCUCCCGCCGCGUCUUGUUUUACUCAUUUCUUUUUUUUUUUGCCACUUUUUUUUACUGUGUAUGUGCGAAGACAACAACAAACAUAAUGCGAUCAGAAACAACAACAACAACGGCAGCAGCAGCAACGACAACAACAAGAAAACAUAAACAACAACAGUAAACAGACUUGAAACAUCGGCGGCAAGCGGCAAAAAAAACUCAACUGUGCAAUCUAAAAUAUAACCAAGUAUUAUAUACAAAAAAAAGAGUAUAAUGCAAAAUCUGUCAAGUGUCGAUGGAAAAAGUCGCUCAAUAUGAGCAAAAAAGGCGGCAACAACAGCGACAGCAAUAGAGCUGCCCCACAACAACAACAACAACAACAGCAGCAGCAGAUGAAAAUUGGAAAAGUGCAACAAUACAAAUGAUGCUUGAUAUGAAAUAAAAUCAAAAUAGAAGGAAAAGAAUAAAUCCAGCCAAAAAAAUUGCAAAUUUAAAAAUAAUCAUUUUUUUCUCCCCUCCAAUUGCCUGGCAAUAUCUAAUUGUUUAUAUAUAUAUAUAUAGCAUUACCAUCUUCAUAUAUAUCUAUUAUAUAUGUAAAUGUAUUAUAUAUUUGUGUAUCUGUGUGUGUGUAUUUUCGUGUGCAUUCCAUCCAUUAAUUCUAUAACUCAAUCUAUGAAAAACCCAAACGAAAUAAUUUACUAAAACGAAAAACACAUAAAAAUAAAUUUAAAAAAAAAAAACAAAAAACAAACAAACAAAAAUCGCAUGUCAAACGCGUAAAACUCAAUAAAUACAACAAUAUUACUAUUCACAAUUUACCAAACAACCGUGAAACAAACGAAAAUAAUCUGAACCACAAAUCGUGCACCAAAAUGGCGGACAUCAUGCGUCCGCCGUACAGUGAGAUCAAACGGCCGGACGAAAUCGUCAGAAUGACAACCGCCGACAAUCUCAAGUUCGCCGUCCUCAUCGGCCUCAUCGAGGUUGGCCAGGUGACCAACCGGGAGGUGGUCAAUACCGUCCUGCAUUUGCUGGUCGGCGGUGAAUUCGAUAUGGAAUUGAAUUUUGUGAUACAGGAUGCGCAGAAUAUCAAACAUAUGCUGGAGCUGCUGGAUCAUUGUCCGCCCAAUUUGCAGGCGGAGAUUUGGAGCGUAUUCAUCGCCAUCCUGCGCAAAAGCGUACGCAAUCUGCAGGCCUGCACCGAUGUCGGCCUCAUCGAGCAUGUCCUCGUCCGCCUGCAGCGCUCCGAAACGGUUGUGGCAGAUCUGCUCAUCGAGAUGCUGGGCGUGCUGGCCAGCUAUAGCAUCACGGUCAAGGAGCUGAAGCUGCUCUUCGGCACGAUGAAGGCCACCAACGGCAAGUGGCCGCGUCACUCGGCCAAGCUGCUGAACGUCCUGCGGCAGAUGCCACAUCGCAACGGACCGGAUGUGUUCUUCAGCUUUCCGGGCCGCAAGGGAUCGGCCAUGGUCCUGCCGCCGCUGGCCAAAUGGCCCUAUGAGAAUGGGUUCACCUUCACCACCUGGUUCCGGCUGGAUCCCAUUAAUUCGGUGAAUAUAGAGCGGGAGAAGCCCUACCUGUACUGCUUCAAGACAUCGAAGGGUGUGGGCUACACGGCGCAUUUUGUGGGCAACUGCCUUGUCCUCACCUCGAUGAAGGUCAAGGGCAAGGGCUUUCAGCAUUGUGUCAAAUACGAAUUCCAGCCACGAAAGUGGUAUAUGAUUGCCAUAGUGUAUAUAUACAAUCGUUGGACGAAAAGCGAAAUCAAGUGCCUCGUUAAUGGACAGCUGGCCUCUUCAACUGAGAUGGCCUGGUUUGUUUCCACAAACGAUCCCUUUGACAAGUGCUACAUUGGAGCAACCCCCGAACUGGACGAGGAGCGCGUGUUCUGUGGCCAAAUGUCGGCGAUCUAUCUUUUCAGCGAGGCCCUGACCACGCAGCAGAUCUGUGCGAUGCACCGCCUGGGCCCCGGCUACAAGUCGCAGUUCCGGUUCGACAACGAGUGCUAUCUAAAUCUGCCGGACAAUCACAAGCGGGUGAGUCACUUUCAACUUCUGCCAGCGACCUUGGGGGCGUCGGCGCUGCCGGGCGGCAGUGGGAGUGGCACCGGAAGCGGCAGCGAUGCAGCGGCGGCGGCAGCAGCGCUUGCCGCCGGCCAGCAACAGCAGUUGCAGCUGCAGUUCCAAACGCUGGCCGCCGAACAGGAGGCGCGGGCCAUCGACUGGGCCGACGAGAAGCUCGAUUUGAAUGCGGCAUUUGUGAAGAUCCGAGCGGUCCUCACCGCCCGCAAUGCGGUGACCUUGGCGGUCACCGGAAGUAGCAGUGGCAGUGCCUCGAAUGCAGCAUCUUCCGCAGCAGCAGCUGGAGGAGGAGGAGGAGGAGGAGCCACUGCGGCAGUAGCAACAUCUGCUGCUGCUGCCUCGGCGGCGACACACAAUGAAAACGAUGCAGCAGCAGCAGCGGCGGCGGCGGCGGCGGCGGUGCAACAGCAGCAACAUGCAACAUCAACGGGCAAUGCGGACGAUCCGCUCGGCCAUUUGCCCACCGGAAAUGCUUCUUCUUUUGAGCAACUCCGUCGCAUGUCCAGUGUGAGCAGCUUGAACUCACUGUUGGGAGCCGCCGACACUGAGGAGGUCAACCAGCUGAAAGCUGUCCUGUACGAUGGCAAACUAUCGAAUGCCAUUGUGUUCAUGUACAAUCCGGUGGCCACCGAUGGUCAACUGUGUCUGCAGUCGUCGCCCAAGGGAAACGUUUCAUAUUUCGUGCACACACCGCAUGCGCUGAUGUUGCAGGAUGUUAAGGCCGUGGUCACGCACUCGAUACACUGCACCCUCAACUCGAUUGGCGGCAUCCAGGUGCUGUUCCCGCUCUUCUCGCAGCUGGACAUGGCCCACGAGGGCCUGGGCGACAUCAAGCGGGAUCCCACGCUGUGCUCCAAGCUGCUGGGCUUCAUCUGUGAACUGGUGGAGACAUCGCAGACGGUGCAGCAGCACAUGAUCCAGAACCGGGGCUUCCUGGUCAUCUCGUUCAUGCUGCAGCGCUCCUCCCGCGAACACCUCACCCUCGAGGUCCUGGGGUCCUUCCUGAACCUCACCAAGUAUCUGGUCACCUGCCUGUCGGCCAACAGUGAUCUGCUGCUCAAGCAGUUGUUCUGUUUCUCGUUUCUCACGUGGCAGCUGCUGGACCACGUCCUCUUCAAUCCAGCCCUGUGGAUCUACACGCCGGCGAAUGUGCAGGCGCGACUGUACUCCUACCUGGCCACCGAGUUCCUCUCGGACACGCAGAUCUACAGCAAUGUGCGGAGGGUCAGCACGGUCCUGCAGACGGUGCACACCCUCAAGUACUACUACUGGGUGGUUAAUCCGCGGGCCAAGAGCGGCAUCAUCCCCAAGGGACUGGAUGGACCUCGUCCGGCCCAAAAGGACAUCCUGGCCAUUCGGGCCUACAUCCUGCUGUUCCUCAAGCAGCUAAUCAUGAUCGGCAAUGGCGUGAAGGAGGACGAGCUGCAGAGCAUACUUAACUAUCUCACCACCAUGCACGAGGACGAGAACCUGCACGACGUGCUGCAGAUGCUCAUCUCGCUGAUGUCGGAGCACCCCAGCUCCAUGGUACCUGCCUUCGAUGUGAAGCACGGCGUGCGCAGCAUCUUCAAGUUGUUGGCGGCCGAGAGUCAGUUGAUUCGGCUGCAGGCCCUCAAACUGCUGGGCUUCUUCCUCUCGCGGAGCACCCACAAACGCAAGUACGACGUGAUGUCGCCGCACAAUCUGUACACCCUGCUGGCGGAACGGCUGCUCCUCUAUGAGGAAUCCCUCUCCCUGCCCACAUACAAUGUCCUCUACGAGAUCAUGACGGAGCACAUCUCGCAGCAGAUCCUGUACACACGGCAUCCGGAGCCGGAGAGUCACUACCGUCUGGAGAAUCCAAUGAUCCUCAAGGUGGUGGCCACCCUGAUUCGGCAGUCCAAGCAGACCGAGUCCCUGAUCGACGUGAAGAAGCUGUUCCUGCAGGACAUGACCCUGUUGUGCAACAGCAACCGGGAGAACCGGCGCACCGUGCUCCAGAUGUCCGUAUGGCAGGAGUGGCUCAUUGCGAUGGCCUACAUCCAUCCGAAGAGCAGCGAGGAGCAGAAGAUCAGCGACAUGGUGUACUCCCUGUUCCGCAUGCUGCUCCACCAUGCCAUCAAGCACGAGUACGGCGGCUGGCGAGUCUGGGUGGACACCCUCGCCAUUGUCCACUCCAAGGUGUCGUACGAGGAGUUCAAGCUGCAGUUUGCCCAGAUGUACGAGCACUACGAGCGCCAGCGCACAGAUAACAUCACCGAUCCCGCCCUGCGUCAGGCCAGGCCCAUCAGUACGAUCAGUGGCUGGGAACGGGAGGAGCUGCAUCAGCAGCAGAACGGCGGAUCCGCCGCUGCGGCAGUGGCUCCAAAUCAGCCAGGAGCAGCCGGAGCGGUCAAGGGUGCCGUCUCCAUUGCCUCGCUGGAGGAUGUGCCGCCGGUGGUCGAGGAGGAGGUGGAGGAACUGGAGCUCGAGGAGGUGGAGAUCCAAGAGGGUCCCAUCAUCGAGGAGGCCGAACCGAAGUCCGUGAUAGCCAACAUCUCCGAUGUCUACAACGAGCACAUCAAAACGGAUGCCACAUGCAAUGGCAAUCUGGAGGAGGUCAAGGAGGAGGACCCAGAGCAGGUCCAAGAGAUGGCUGAAGAGCUCGAUGCCAAGCCAGCGGAAGCCUCGCCAUUGGGAGCGCUCAGGGAAACUCUGCAGCUGGGCGAUGACAUGGACGUGGAGGAGCUGGAGCUAGCCACGGCCAAGGAUGCGCUCAAUGCGGAACAGCAUGUGGCGCGCGUCCUUCAGGCCUCCGAGGCGGCGCUCAACGAUUGCAAGAUGGCCGUCGACGAUGUGCUGCAGGAGUCGUCCUCCGUCCUCAAGGACGAGGAGAUCGAACUGGCGGUCAACGAGGUCGUACAGGGUGUGCUCAACAACGAGAAGAAAUCCCAGGCCGACAAGGAUAAGGAACAGUCCGUGGGGCAGGACAAUGUCAAUGUCAGCUUGCUGAACAGCAAGAAUCUGCUCAACAAUAAUAAUAAUAACAAUAAUAACAAUAGUCCGAGUGCCACGCCCACAGAGCCGCCGACGACGACGGCGGAAGUGGAAGCGGAGGUCAAUGCCAAUGAGAUCGUGAGCACCAGCAGCACCACCACCACAGAGGCGCCCAAGCAGGAACGGGUGGCGGAAACGGAAGCGGGCGCAACACCGGAAGUGCAAGCACCGGAAACGGCCAAGCCAAGCCCCCCAGUCCCCAGCCCCCUAGAAGCAACCAAUCAAAAGACUGAAGAUGCAGCCAACAAGCUGAACAACAACGAGAAGCUGGCCGAAAUCAGCGCUAGUCCCGAGCCCAUUAUUGUGGAAACGCCAGAGGCUGAUCUCCUCCAGCUCUCCGACAGCGAAGCCAAGCCGUCGAAGGAAGCGGAGGCGGAAGCUGAGGAUCCGGUGGCCUUGGCCGUCCGGGAUAUUGUCGAGCAACUCAUCGACAAGGUGAUCGAUGCCACGGAAGCGGAGACGGCCACGGAAAUCAAAACCGAGACCAAUAACAAUGAACUACCCAAGGCGGAGAAGCCCAAUUCAGAGGGAGAAACUUCGGAGGCGGAAACUCCCGAGAGUCUGGCCGCUGCCGCCGAGGAAAUUGUCCACGAGGUGGUGGAGGCGGCCCUUGUCUUGGUCCAAGAGGAGGCUACUCCGGCGGCGGAUAAGGAGGAAAAGGUAGAGGAUCUGCUGCAGCUGGAACAAAAGCCAGUGGCUACGGGCGUCCAGGAAACCAAGGCUCCUGUAGAAAACCCAAAGGAACCCGAGGAAGAUCUCAAAGCGCAAGAGCUGGAGGUGCCUAAAGCCGAGCAGCCCAAGGAUCACAAGUCCCAGGAAGUGCCUGCGGAAGUGCACCUCAAGCCAGAGGAGCAUGUGGUGGCCAUUGUCAACCAGGUGCUCGACACCCUGGUCGACGAGACCGUCAAGGCCGUGGCCGCCGAGCAAACCACCCAGACUUCGCCCGCCCCCGAGGAGGAUUCGCCCAAGCGUCUGGCCAAGGAGCCGGCGGUGACGCCAGUGCGUGUGAAGCCCACUGAGGUGGACUCCACCACCCAGACGACGCCGAAAAACGAGGCGGGCUCCAAUCUGCUGGUCGAAGAGGUGCAGCAGGUGCUGCAGGAGGACGAGGCGCAAACAGCCGGCGGCAUUGCCUCCCUCGACGACGAGGAGUACUCUAAUCAGCAGGCAGCGUCCGGUGUCGACAAUCCCAGCGGCCAACUGGAGGCCAAUCAUUAUGGCCCCGGCCAUCCGGAAGCCAAGCAGCAACAGCAGCAACAGCAGCAGCAGCAGCAGCAACAGCGCUCCAAGUCGGGUUCCACGCGACCCAUGUUCAGCCCGGGACCAACACGUCCACCCUUCCGGAUACCGGAGUUCAAGUGGUCCUACAUCCAUCAGCGCCUGCUCAGCGAUGUGCUCUUCUCGCUGGAGACGGACAUCCAGGUGUGGCGCAGUCACUCGACCAAGAGCGUCCUGGACUUUGUCAACUCCAGUGAGAACGCCAUCUUCGUGGUGAACACGGUGCAUCUGAUUUCGCAGCUGGCGGACAACCUGAUUAUCGCCUGCGGAGGACUGCUGCCCCUGUUGGCCAGCGCCACGUCGCCCAAUUCCGAACUGGACGUCCUUGAGCCCACGCAGGGCAUGCCUUUGGAGGUGGCCGUGUCCUUCCUGCAGCGCCUGGUCAACAUGGCGGAUGUGCUCAUCUUUGCCACGUCCCUGAACUUCGGCGAGCUGGAGGCGGAGAAGAACAUGUCCAGUGGCGGCAUCCUGCGCCAGUGCCUCCGGCUGGUCUGCACCUGUGCGGUGAGGAACUGCCUGGAGUGCAAGGAGCGAACGCGCUACAAUGUUGGCGCCUUGGCGAGAGAUGUCCCGGGUGCGGCGCACCUGCAGGCCCUCAUCCGCGGUGCCCAGGCAUCGCCCAAGAACAUUGUCGAGUCAAUCACCGGUCAAUUAUCGCCCGUCAAGGAUCCCGAGAAGCUGCUCCAGGACAUGGACGUCAAUCGUCUGCGUGCCGUCAUCUACCGCGAUGUGGAGGAGACGAAGCAGGCCCAGUUCCUGUCGCUGGCCAUCGUCUACUUUAUAUCGGUCCUGAUGGUCUCCAAGUACCGUGAUAUUCUGGAGCCGCCGGCAGAGCCGCAGAUCCAGCGUCAAUCGCCAGUGCUGCAGCGCACGGCAGGCGGCGAAGCCGCCAGUGCGCGUCCUUUGUUUCCCCAAUGGUCACAUCAUGUUUACCCGCAAUUCCUGCCCGAAUCGCACCAGAAUCACAACAGCAACAUGCAACACCAGCAGCAGCAACAGCAGCAGCAACACUACUAUCAGCAACAUCAGCAACAGCAGCAGCAGCAGCAGGUUGCCCAUAAUCACAGCCAUCAUCACAUGACUGCUGCCUACUACCAGCAGCAGCAACAUCAGCAAGUUACCGCCGGACAGCAGCAACACUCGCCUACUCCUCUGGCCACACACUCGACCAGCUCCUCGGCCAGCUCCACGGCCACAUCCCAGCCAGCCUCGAGCUCCUCGCUCUCCAGCCUGGCCUCCCAAAGUCAGCAGCAAUCGCAUCGCCAGUUGCACAAGCAACAGCAGCAGCAACAUUACCAUCCUCACCAGCCACACUAUGGCCUGAUCAAUGGCCACCAGCAGCAUCAGCAGCUGAAUGGCAAGCACUAUGCGGAAAACGGAUCCGCGGCGGGAUAUCAUCCGCAUCCACAUCCACAUGGCGGUGGUGGUUAUAUGCGAAAUGGCGAGUCGUCGACGAAUGGCAUUGCCGACUAUCAGGCGGCAGUGGGACUGAUGAAUGGUCAUGGCUCUGGCGCGGGAACGGCUGGCAAUAAUAAUAAUUCCAGUCUGAUGAACAAUAUGCGGAAUCUGAGGAAUGGCGGAGCCACUUCAUCAUCAUCAUCGCCGCCGCCAGCGCCGCCAUCAGCGGCGGGAAACCAAGGAAUUGCAGGCAUCGCAGGCAUCGCGGGCAUCGCAGGUGUUGCCACAACGGGAGCUGUUGUUAAUGCAAAUGCUGCUGCUGCUGCUGCUGCAGGUGUUGGUGGUGUUGGUGUUGGUGGCAUGGGCCUGGGCCUGGGGGGCGUGGCUGGGGGCUUGGAUGGAGGCGUGGGCUACAAGACGAGCGCCAUAAAUAAUAAUUACCGCUACAAUGGACGCAACGCAUCCGCCGGAACAGGUGGUCGCCAAAUCCAGGAUAGUGACUAUGAAAUAAUUGUUGUCGACGAGAACAAUCCAUCCGUUUUGGCGGACAAUGAUUCGCAUUCCAGUGGACCGCCCUCUAUAAAGGCCAACCAGGCAACAGCAACAACAACAACAUUAGCAACAACAACUACAACAACCCAUAUUAACAACAACAACACUAAGACAACAACAACAGCAAACGCUCCGACAACAACAAUUAAAAUCCAACAACAACCAUUGUCACCGCCAAAGCCGUUGGUGCCACAAAAAUUGCCCAAGAGCGUCGAUUCGGAUGUGGGCUCCCUCAACAUGAACUCCACGGAGAACGAAGUGCCCGAGGUGGAGUCCUCCAGCGAGAUCCUCAUCGAUGACCACAAGCCGAGCCACUCGAACGACGAGAGCUGGACGGAUGUGAAUCUCAACGAGGAUGCGGCCGUCCAGGCGGCCAGCGCCGGCAUGGUCGUCGGACUGGUGGAUAAUGGUGGCAAUGUCAUGGCCGACAAGCACGAUCCAGCAUCCCACCACAACCAGCAGCAGCAGCAGCAGCAACACCAGCAGCAGCAACAGCAACAUCAGCAGCAGCAACAGCAGCAGCAGCAGCAUGGAUCCCUGGGCCACUCGGAGCGGGGGGAUAAGCCCGAUUCGGAGAUAUCGGUGGUCCGUGUGCCCGAUGGCUAUGCCGGUUCCGGUGGCUCUAAUCCCGGCCAGGUCCAGGGUGUCCCGCCCAAUCAGCGUCCUCGUCCCGACGAGCUGCCCAUGAAGGCGCCCGCCCUGGUGGCCCAGCUGCCGCUGACCACGCCGUCGCGCGAGGCCAGUCUCACCCAGAAACUGGAGAUUGCCCUGGGACCGGUGUGCCCCCUGCUGCGCGAGAUCAUGGUGGACUUUGCCCCCUUCCUGUCCAAGACGCUGGUCGGCUCGCAUGGCCAGGAGCUGCUGAUGGAGGGCAAGGGACUGACGACCUUCAAGAACUCGCACUCGGUGGUCGAGCUGGUCAUGCUGCUCUGCUCCCAGGAAUGGCAGAACAGCCUGCAGAAGCACGCCGGCCUGGCCUUCAUCGAGCUGAUCAACGAGGGUCGCCUCCUCUCGCACGCCAUGAAGGACCACAUCGUUCGGGUGGCCAACGAGGCGGAGUUCAUCCUGAAUCGCAUGCGGGCCGAUGAUGUCCUCAAGCAUGCCGACUUUGAGUCGCAGUGCGCCCAAACCCUGCUGGAGCGCCGCGAGGAGGAGCGCAUGUGUGACCACCUGAUAACCGCCGCCCGACGCCGGGACAAUGUGAUUGCCAGCCGGCUGCUGGAGAAGGUGCGCAACAUCAUGUGCAAUCGCCACGGAGCCUGGGGCGAUUCCAGUGCCACAACGACGAGCGCCAGUGGUGGCGCCAUUGUGGGUGCGGUGCAAAAGAGUCCGUACUGGAAGCUGGAUGCCUGGGAGGACGAUGCCCGUCGUCGGAAGCGCAUGGUGCAGAAUCCGCGCGGCUCCUCGCACCCACAGGCCACGCUGAAGGCGGCCCUCGAGAACGGCGGCCCCGAGGAUGCCAUCCUGCAGACACGCGACGAGUUCCACACCCAGAUAGCCGUGUCGCGGGCCCAUCCCUCCGGCCAGCACAAUGGCGAGCUGCUGGACGAUGCCGAGCUGUUGAUCGAGGAUCGGGAACUGGAUCUGGAUCUCACGGGUCCGGUGAACAUCAGCACCAAGGCGCGAUUGAUAGCACCGGGACUGGUGGCGCCUGGCACUGUGUCCAUAACCAGCACCGAGAUGUUCUUCGAGGUGGAUGAGGAGCAUCCCGAGUUCCAGAAGAUCGAUGGCGAGGUGCUGAAGUACUGCGACCACCUGCACGGCAAGUGGUACUUCUCCGAGGUGAGGGCCAUCUUCUCGCGGCGCUACCUCCUGCAGAAUGUGGCGCUGGAGAUCUUUCUGGCCAGCCGGACGUCGAUACUGUUCGCCUUCCCCGAUCAGCACACGGUGAAGAAGGUGAUCAAGGCCCUGCCCCGCGUGGGAGUGGGCAUAAAGUAUGGAAUACCCCAGACGCGCAGGGCGUCGAUGAUGUCGCCGCGGCAGCUGAUGCGCAACUCCAACAUGACCCAGAAGUGGCAGCGUCGCGAGAUCAGCAACUUUGAGUAUCUAAUGUUCCUCAACACCAUCGCCGGGAGGACGUACAACGACCUCAAUCAGUACCCCAUCUUCCCGUGGGUGCUGACCAAUUACGAGUCCAAGGAUCUGGAUCUCAGCCUGCCCUCGAACUACAGGGAUCUCUCGAAGCCCAUCGGGGCGCUGAAUCCCUCGCGCCGUGCGUACUUUGAGGAGCGCUACGAGAGCUGGGACAGCGACACCAUACCGCCCUUCCACUAUGGCACCCACUACUCCACGGCGGCCUUCACGCUCAACUGGCUGGUGCGCGUGGAACCCUUCACCACCAUGUUCCUGGCCCUGCAGGGCGGCAAGUUCGACUAUCCCGAUCGGUUGUUCAGCUCGGUGUCGCUGUCGUGGAAGAACUGCCAGCGGGACACGUCGGAUGUGAAGGAACUGAUACCCGAAUGGUAUUUCCUGCCCGAGAUGUUCUACAACUCGUCGGGCUAUCGGCUGGGGCAUCGCGAGGAUGGCGCCCUGGUCGAUGACAUCGAGCUGCCGCCGUGGGCCAAGAGCCCCGAGGAGUUUGUGCGCAUCAAUCGCAUGGCCCUGGAGUCGGAGUUCGUGUCCUGCCAGCUGCACCAGUGGAUCGAUCUGAUCUUUGGCUACAAGCAGCGUGGUCCCGAGGCCAUUAGGGCCACCAAUGUGUUCUACUACCUGACCUACGAGGGUAGCGUCGAUCUGGACGGCGUGCUGGAUCCCGUGAUGCGCGAGGCCGUCGAGAAUCAGAUCCGCAACUUUGGCCAAACGCCCAGCCAGCUGCUGAUGGAGCCGCAUCCGCCGCGCAGCUCGGCCAUGCACCUGUCGCCGAUGAUGUUCAGCGCGAUGCCCGAGGACCUGUGCCAGAUGCUCAAGUUCUACCAGAACUCGCCGGUCAUCCACAUCUCGGCCAACACGUAUCCGCAGCUCUCGCUGCCGUCGGUGGUGACGGUGACGGCGGGCCACCAGUUCGCGGUGAAUCGAUGGAACUGCAACUACACCGCCUCCGUCCAGAGUCCCAGCUACGCGGAGUCGCCCCAAUCGCCGGGCUCCAAUCAGCCGCUGACCAUCGAUCCGGUGCUGGCUGUCCAUGGCACCAACAACAAUAGCAACGCGGUGAGCCGACGACACUUGGGCGACAACUUCAGCCAAAUGCUCAAGAUCCGAUCGAACUGCUUUGUCACCACGGUGGACAGCAGGUUCCUCAUCGCCUGCGGCUUCUGGGACAACAGUUUCCGGGUCUUUGCCACCGAAACAGCGAAAAUCGUGCAAAUUGUGUUCGGCCACUUCGGCGUGGUGACCUGCAUGGCCCGCUCCGAGUGCAACAUCACCUCGGACUGCUACAUCGCCUCCGGGUCCGCCGACUGCACGGUGCUCCUGUGGCACUGGAACGCCCGCACCCAGAGCAUCGUGGGCGAGGGCGACGUGCCCACCCCGCGAGCCACCCUGACGGGUCACGAGCAGGCGGUGACCUCGGUGGUCAUCAGCGCCGAACUGGGUCUGGUCGUCUCGGGAUCCUCGAAUGGCCCCGUGCUAAUCCACACCACGUUCGGCGACCUCCUGCGCUCGCUGGACCCGCCGGCGGAGUUCCACUCCCCGGAGCUGAUCACCAUGUCCCGCGAGGGCUUCAUUGUCAUCAACUAUGACAAGGGCAAUGUGGCCGCCUACACCAUCAAUGGCAAGAAACUGCGCCACGAGACGCACAACGACAAUCUGCAGUGCAUGCUGCUGUCGCGCGAUGGUGAAUACCUGAUGACCGCGGGCGAUCGCGGCAUCGUGGAGGUGUGGCGCACCUUCAACCUAGCACCACUUUAUGCCUUCCCCGCCUGCAACGCGGGCAUCCGAUCCUUGGCCCUCACCCACGAUCAGAAAUACCUUCUGGCGGGACUCUCGACGGGCUCGAUCAUCGUAUUCCACAUCGACUUCAACCGCUGGCACCACGAGUACCAGCAGCGCUACUAAGAUGGCAGGCUGGGACAUUCCAACCAACCACGACUCGCCAGUUAACAGAGGCCAAGGAACCGGAAACGGAAACAGAAACAGAAACGAACACUGAAACUGAAACGGAACCGGAACCGGAACCGGAAAUGAGGAAGGGAAACGAUCGCAAAGCAACUACGAAGUACUUAAGAAACGUCGGCAAGGAGGGAGGAUCGGUUUUUUUCUAUAUAGACCUUUACAACUCUAGGCUAAUAAGCGAAACUAUGUUUUUUUUGUCUAGUAUUAAUUGUGCAUUAGUGUGUGUGUUGAUGGCCCACAAAAGCAAAAAAAAAAAAAAGUAAGAAACUAAAAAAAAAAAGAGAACGGAACAGAACAGCAGAUGAAAAACAUUUUUUUUUACUAGUAUUAACGAAAUGUAUGUUAAGUUAUGGCAAAAUGGAGAAGCAAAUGCAAAGCGGUAAAAGCGCGAGGGGGCGAAAGGAGGAGGCGAGGAGGCGAGGAGGCGAGGAGCGGAGAAAGCGCGAGAAAGCAGCUGGCGGCUUAAGUAAGUAGUUGAAAUAAGACAAAUGACGUUAGUGUUUAUAAAACGCAAUAAGCAGUUAAUAAAUCUAAAGAGUAAACCCAAACCUAAACCUAAAGCUAAUUUCACAUGCAUUAUAAUACCAACGUAGCAAAGUUCUCAUAAAAAUCUAAACCAAGCAAAACGCUGCGCAACGCAAACGAGGGGAGAAAGUAAGGAAACUAAGCGGCCAAACAGAGAGUAAAAAUGGUAGAGAAAGCGGAAAGAAAGCCAAUUUUUAAUUAUAGCGUUAGUUCUUUGUGACAAAAACACACACACACUCACACUCAAACAAGGUAACCAAGCAAGGACAAUGCCAAGGCAAUAAGGCUGGGAGAGAAAGGGGACAGCUAGAGCGAGACAGAGCAGGAAACGGAAGUGAGGCAAAGUGCGGAUACGAGAUAUUUUAGUACACACACACACACACGCGCAUACGCAUAUGUAUUUGUAGCCAAACUAACACUCAACUUAACUCCCCCAAAAUACAAAGAAAAAAAAAAAAGAAAAUAAAAUAAAAACAAACUGCAACGCUAACUAAAAUCUAAACAACAACUAAAUUAUCAACACCGCUAUGAGCCACAGAGAAUAAUAAAUAAACAAAUGGAAACGCGUAUGAAAAGGCAUUUUAUAUACAUACAAUACACGGGCAUAUAUCCGCCGACGGAAGCGGAAAAUGCAGGCUUAUUCAAGCGAAAGGCGACGAUUUUUCGCUCUCGUUCCACAAAUAUCACGCAUACGCCACGCUGCACCGCCGCCAAUUUCGAAACGAGAGCGAAAACAAAUAGCAUAGUCUAAACAUAUAUUUCUUACUCUUUUUUUUUUGUACACUCCUUAAUUGUUUGUUCUUUGUAUUUUUUUUUCGGUUUCUUUGUUAGCCAUAUUUGUUAGGUAAAAGUGAGAAAAUGUUCGAUUGCGUCCAAAAUUUAGCCUACUUACCCCCAAAAAAAACGCCCGCAAAAUGAUAAAUUGGCUUCCUCGAAACAAAAACCAAUCAAUGUACGUCCAGGCUGAGGUGUUUUAUAUACCACUAACGCAGAUUCUGCCUUUGAUUUAACCCAAAAAAAAAAAAGAAGAAACCAAACAAUCCAUCCAUGGCGCACCACUCUGGCACUUACCGAUUAGAUUUGUAUAUAAGAACGAGAGCUAAGGCAAUUACCAUUAACCAUACUUCAAGUAUACAUAGGGUUUAUGGCUAGAAACGAACACAUUCGGUUGUAAAAGCGCAAGGGCGAUACAAAUUAAUCGAGUCCGGCUGAAUGAAACCCUCCCCCAAAUGAAAUUGGAACCCCUAGGCAUCGUAAAUCGUAUAUGUUGUGUAGAGCCGGGGAUUUGUUGAGUUUUCAAGUGAAAUAAAUUCGCGAGGUCUUAGAUCCCCCCAUCUAGUGUUGUGUCUGGUCCGAUUUGAUCUGGAGAUCAAGGAAAAUAACUUACACCGUGAUGAUUUUCGAUUUAUUCCCCACCCCUCCUCCAGUGUGUGCUUUAUUUUCUCCAUAUGCAGCCUUUAAUAAACUCACAAUUUAAUUCGCUUUUGGUAGCGAUUCGAUUAUUCCACUCUCUGUGUGUACAUAUUUAAGAAGCAUUAUGCAAAUAAAAGCUAGACGACAGACGGCAAAAAAGAAAUGCAGGCAAAUAAAAAAAGAUAAAUAAACAUUUAAUAAUAAUCCAAGCGCGAAUGGCAAACAAUUCUCGUUUUUUUUCUUGCAUGUUCACGAGAGUUAAUUAAAUACCGGGCGACGAGUAAAAUUUGCAACUAUUAGUAAUUUAAAUGUUGUACAUAAAUCCCUGGAGAACUGUCCUAAGAGUAAAGUAUUUUUAAAGCCGGCAACCCAGCACUCGAAGGGAAAAGAGAAGGAAUAUAGGGAGGGGAGAGGAGAGGAAAGGAAAGGAAAGGAAAGGAAUUCAAAUCAAAUCAAAUUAAAGGAAACGCAAUGAAGCGAAAGCGGAAAACUUAAACUCGAUUGAAAAGUCGAGUAGGCGGAAAACUCGCACUCUGAGCAGUAACUACAAUAUUUUUUUUUUGCGUGUGCAUCUACACAUAAUAUAUGGGAUAAAAAAAAAUAAAAGGAAAAAGAACGUUUAGCUAUUAACUGAAAGGAUACCGAAUACUGGAAUAUGAAUAUUAAAUGCGGACGCCAACAAUUUUUAAUUACGCACUUUUUAUAGAACUUAGCGAGAACGAGAAAAGCUGGAGACGGUAGUCGUAUUAAAAAUAACAUAAAUAUAAAUACAAAUAAAAAAUACAAAUAAAUUACAUAACGUUUUUAUUAACGAAAACAAACAACAACAUACGGCUGACAAUUUUAAAUUUAUACAAAACGAAAAAGUCAAGUUAUGAAUGAAGAAAAAAUACAAGAAAAAAAAGAAAGGAAAAUAAAGUAAAAAAUAUUUAAGAAUUUACUCAUGCACGGGCAAGAAUUAUUUCAUAUAAUUAUUUACACAGGCGGAAGAGGGCAUUUUAAAAUUAGUGAAUAAAUCCGAAAGUCGCAGGCAAAGUUAAAGCUAAAGGACAGGCACACACACACAGAUACACAGCGACACACACACACACACAAUCGAAACCGAAAUAUAUAUAGAUAUACGUGUGUAUAUAUAUUUUGUCAACAUUGUUAAAUAGCAGACUAACAAACAAACGAGAGCCAAAAAAAACAACAAUUUAAUCUAUUCAGCAGCAGCAGCAACAAAAGCAAAAGAAAAGACAGCAAAUACGAAAUGCAAAGUAAAAGAUACAACAUACAAGAUACAAAAUACAAAUUACUAAUAACAAAUUACGAAAUGCGAAAUACACAAAGAGAUAAAGCUACGAAAUAAAUGUUCAUUAAUAUUGCUAAACAAAAACCCUUUAUAUAUACACAUAGAUAUAUAUGAGAAUAAAGAAUAUUUUUUUUUGCCAAAUGCGUGCAUUGAAAUCGAUAAAAGCGAGCGAAAAUUGAACGCAUUAAAUAAUAAACAAAGGCGGGUGGAGAUGAAGCGAAGGGCGACGAGGCGGCCCAAAGGCGGGGUCAAAAGGUUAGCUAGCGAGGGGCGAAGGGCAAAAAAUUUACGCAUAUUAAAAUUAAAUUUAAAAUACGCUACAACUCUAACAAAAUAAGUUUACAGACAACACGCGAACACAACACACAUUCCCCCCUAUGAGAGAAAAAAUGAAGUAAACACAAAAACAUACACAACUAAUUAUUAAACAUAAAAUGGAUUAAAUUGCAUGAGAGUAAUUAAAGGUCGAGCGUUGAAAAGGCGUUGAGGAAAAUUUCAAAUUAAAUUUAAGCUACAAAUUUAACAAGCGAAAGUGAGCAAGCAUUAAAAAGAACAACAACAAAGCGAAACAAAAACUUAUUAUGUUCAAUAAAGAAAAACAAAAAUGCAAAGGGAAAACAAAAGAGUAACAAAAAUACAAAAUAAAACCAAACAAAAACAAUGAAAUCUUACAAAAAAAAAAGAA